AAACAAAUAUGAAGAACCAGUUUGAGAUAAUAGCCAAAAACACUGCUGUUGAGGUUGAUUUUUCUAAAGAUAUUAAAAAAUAUCUUUAUUGUUUGCUUAGUGAAGAUAUUAAAAAUACAUUGUUAAAAGUAAAAAAACUACUUGAUAAAGACACAUGGCCAUAG